CUGCAGGCUCCCUUCACGGCUUGCUUUGCUUGGAGUUGCAUCGCACGGACACCCGCGGAUGUGGUGGUGAACCAUGUCGAGACCCCAGGGACUGUUAUGGCUUCCGCUGGUCUUCACCCCGGUCUGUGUCAUGGUGAACUCCAACGUCCUGCUGUGGAUCACCGCCCUGGCCAUCAAGUUCACGCUCAUCGACAGCCAGGCGCAGUAUCCUGUGGUCAACACCAAUUACGGCAAAAUCCGGGGCUUGAGAACACCGCUGCCCAAUGAGAUUUUGGGUCCAGUGGAGCAAUACUUGGGGGUCCCUUAUGCCUCGCCUCCUACUGGGGAAAGGCGGUUUCAGCCCCCGGAACCCCCCUCUUCAUGGACUGGUGUUCGGAACGCCACUCAGUUUGCUGCCGUGUGCCCCCAGCACCUGGAUGAGCGGUCUCUCUUGCAUGACAUGCUGCCCAUCUGGUUUACUGCCAAUCUGGAUACUCUGAUGACCUAUGUUCAAGAUCAGAAUGAAGACUGCCUUUAUUUGAAUAUCUAUGUGCCCACGGAGGAUGACAUCCAUGAUCAGAACAGUAAGAAGCCAGUAAUGGUGUACAUCCACGGCGGGUCUUACAUGGAGGGCACAGGCAACAUGAUUGACGGCAGUAUUCUAGCGAGCUACGGCAAUGUCAUCGUGAUCACAGUUAACUACCGCCUGGGGAUUCUAGGGUUUUUAAGUACCGGCGACCAGGCGGCCAAAGGCAACUACGGGCUCCUGGAUCAGAUCCAGGCGUUACGUUGGAUUGAGGAGAACGUCGGGGCCUUCGGUGGGGAUCCCAAGAGAGUGACCAUCUUCGGCUCCGGCGCGGGUGCUUCUUGUGUCAGCCUCUUGACCUUGUCUCACUAUUCAGAAGGUCUGUUCCAGAAGGCCAUCAUCCAGAGCGGGACCGCCCUGUCCAGCUGGGCCGUGAACUACCAGCCUGCCAAGUACACUCGGAUAUUGGCAGAUAAAGUCGGCUGCAACAUGCUGGAUACCACGGAUAUGGUGGAAUGCCUUCGGAAUAAGAACUACAAAGAGCUCAUUCAGCAGACCAUCACCCCGGCCACGUACCACAUCUCCUUCGGGCCCGUCAUUGACGGAGAUGUCAUCCCCGAUGACCCUCAGAUCCUGAUGGAGCAGGGGGAAUUCCUUAACUAUGACAUCAUGCUCGGGGUCAACCAGGGGGAGGGGCUGAAGUUCGUGGACGGCGUCGUGGAUAACGAGGAUGGUGUGACGCCCAACGAUUUUGACUUCUUGGUGUCCAACUUCGUGGACAACCUUUACGGCUACCCGGAGGGGAAGGACACCUUGCGGGAGACCAUCAAGUUCAUGUACACGGACUGGGCAGAUAAGGAGAACCCCGAAACGCGGCGGAAAACCUUGGUGGCUCUGUUCACCGACCACCAGUGGGUGGCCCCCGCCGUGGCCACCGCAGACCUGCAUGCACAGUACGGCUCACCCACCUACUUCUAUGCCUUCUACCACCACUGCCAAAGCGAGAUGAAGCCCAGCUGGGCGGACUCAGCCCAUGGCGACGAAGUCCCCUAUGUCUUCGGGAUCCCCAUGAUUGGCCCUACCGAGCUCUUCAGCUGCAACUUCUCCAAGAAUGAUGUCAUGCUCAGCGCGGUGGUCAUGACGUACUGGACAAACUUCGCCAAAACUGGUGAUCCUAAUCAGCCAGUUCCUCAGGACACCAAGUUCAUUCACACAAAACCCAAUCGCUUUGAGGAAGUGGCCUGGUCCAAGUAUAACCCCAAAGACCAGCUCUAUCUGCAUAUUGGCUUGAAACCCAGAGUGAGGGACCAUUACCGAGCCACAAAAGUGGCUUUCUGGUUGGAACUCGUGCCUCACUUGCACAACUUGAAUGAGAUAUUCCAGUAUGUGUCCACAACCACAAAGGUUCCUCCUCCGGACAUGACCUCCUUUCCCUCCGGAACUCGGCGAUCUCCUGCCAAGAUAUGGCCCACGACCAAACGCCCGGCGAUCACUCCCGCCAACAACCCCAAACACUCCAAGGACCCUCAUAAAACGGGGCCCGAGGACACCACCGUCCUCAUCGAAACCAAACGGGAUUAUUCCACUGAGUUGAGCGUCACCAUUGCCGUGGGGGCAUCCUUACUCUUCCUUAACAUCUUGGCAUUCGCAGCACUGUACUAUAAGAAGGACAAGAGGCGCCAUGAGACACACAGGCGCCCCAGUCCCCAGAGAAAUACCACGAAUGACAUCGCUCACAUCCAGAACGAAGAGAUCAUGUCCCUGCAGAUGAAACAGCUAGAGCAUGAUCACGAGUGUGAGUCCCUGCAGGCUCACGACACGCUGAGGCUCACCUGCCCUCCAGACUACACCCUCACGCUGCGCAGGUCCCCCGAUGACAUCCCACUUAUGACACCAAAUACCAUCACUAUGAUUCCCAACACACUGACGGGGAUGCAGCCUUUGCACACGUUCAAUACCUUCAGUGGAGGACAAAACAGUACAAAUUUACCCCACGGGCAUUCAACCACUAGAGUAUAGCUUUGCUGUCUUCUUCCCCUCCCUCUGCGCCUCCACUCAGCCACAUCGAAGAGAGAAAGAAAGAAGCAACAUCUCCAAACAAGGAAUGUUUGGCUUAAGACAAAACAAAACAAAACAAGAAAAAGCAAAAGGGCAGCCACUGUGUCCUUGCAGACCCUUUCCAUUGGCAUUUCCCAGUACAAUGAGAUCAACGUCUGACCCUACGAAAUGUGAAACGUAUACAUUGCUGUUACAAUACUGCUUUAAGAUCUCCACCAUCCGGCAAACUUUAGUGCAACUAGGACAUCGAAGUCUCAAGGACCUGGAUGUUUCCAAUGUGACCAUAGAAGCUGACACUUCUGGAACUCAGCCGAGGACACUUUUUUUUUUUUAAUUACAAUUGAAAUAAAUAAAUAAAAGUUCUUUUUUGUGCCAUACGACAGAUGGCUCUACUUAAGUGAAGAAAGAAUCUAUGGGCUUUUACCCAGCAUAUGGAGGUGUAAUCCAGAGAGAAGGAAAAGUAGAAUUUUAUUAUUAAAAUAAAAGAACUGACUAUGCAGUUACAUAUGUAGAGUUCUGUGCAAAGAGAUGUUUUGCCAGCCUGAACUCUAUUUAAGAAACUUUGU